CUCUAUUCUCAAACUAAAUGUUGACAGAUGACGUCACACCGUCCAUUAGCUGUUUUACACCGUGUGAAUGUGAAUGACUGUGACACGCGUUAAAAGUACAGCAAAUCUCUUCCUCCAUCACGCGAAAGAGGUUGAACGUCUCAGAGGAAUAUGCGUUUACCUGUGUGGGCACGAAUUCAUAAGGACUGAAAGUGGGUUGACAGAUUUCUGAUUUGAGGAAAACGCGGUGGUUUGCAGUUUACCUUGGGGGAAAGUGAUCUGUUGCUGGAAAGCGUUUGUUUUUAUUGAACAGGAUGAAACAAUCAAAAAGUGCAUUGGAAUUGAUUGACUUGAGCUUUCUGUCUGCUGAGGAAGAGGCAGCCAUCAGACAAGUGCUUCUGAGAGAUGAAGAUUUAAAGCGACUAGAGAGUGGACGAGUCAGGACACUGAGGCAGUCAGUCCCUGACCUUCAACAGCUGAAGACUUUGACAGGCGAGUGGUUUGAAGAGCUCAGAGUCAAGCGAUAUGGGCAGCAGACGGAUGUCACAGCAGUGGUGAGGACCUCCAUGAGAUGGAAGAAAACAGCAGCCCAUAAACCCAACCCUUUCCUGAAUGAUAUAGUAGACGAGAACAAAGAAAAUGAAAAGGAGGAGCACAGAACACCUUCAAAUCCAUUAGCUGACCCUAGAUUAAUUCAUCCAGCCCUUAGUAAAGAGACUUAUCAUCAAUAUACUGAUGAUGACUUUGUGGAUGAUGAGGCUUCAUCUGCUCCAAGAGUGUCUGGUAGAAAAGAAAAACCACAAGAAAUUGAUGGCAAUCAUGUCCUCAAUGGCAAUGACUCAGAACGCAAUUCAACUGAAGCACAACCCAAACAGCUCUCUGAUGACAGAAUAACAACCGUUUUUCCCUUUUCAAGAGCAGUUCAAGACACUAAACCUGAAAGAGGCACUGCAAAACCAGCAACAAAUCCAGAGCCAAGGCGAAAAGUUUCACUCCCUCCAGCACUACAGAGAGAUCAAUCGUUUGAGGAGAACUGGGUGAAGAUUUCCCUCGAACCGAACACAGUGAAGCCUGUGCAUGAUGAAAAAAAUAGUGUUGGACCUGAACUAAAAGAGGGAAAAGAUGCUUCCAGUGAUUUUGGUGAUGCUAGCCCAGUCGAGAAGAAAACAUCCAAUAAAAAGGAGCCGUUGUUGCAGAAUAAAACAGCUGAUGUUAGUGUGAAUAACAAUUUUGAAUCAAAACCAAGUGUCAGCGACAAAACCGUGCAAAGAUAUCUUGAUGCCCAUGAAGAUAAAGAAAAAAUAAAGUUAUCAAAUGAUCAGAACUUACCAAAAGACACCCACACAAGUCAGGUUUUAAGAGAAUUGAGCCAAGACUAUCUUUCAAUGACAGAUGAUGGGAAAUUAGUGCACAUUAAAGAUGCUGGAUUGCAUAUCAACUCUAAACAAAUCGACAAAUUUGAACCAAUUGAACCAGCUAAACCUACAAUUGAAGAUGUUGCUGGACUGGGUCAAGGAUUUUCAGAAAUGAAAGAUGAGGAGGACAGUGUCGAAACUGAGCAGAGGACGCAGUCAGAUAUUCUACUAAGUGUUCUCGCAAGAGCUCAAAGGACAAAACCACCUGUCCUGCAGAAGAGCACCGAUCAGGAGCCAAAGCAGGGGAAUGGAGAUGAUUCGGUUCCCACAAUAGUCAUUAUACCAUCUGAAGCUCCAGAUCCAACAGAAUUGAAUGGAAAUAAACAUGGGGUGUCCGUUCUGGAGACUUUACUUGAGGAUUCCAUAUCUAAAACUCCUUCCUACACGGCAGAUGCUUGGAAGGAUGAAGGAGUCGAUUCAGAUGAUGAUGAUGAUGAUAUUUCAUUGUCCAGCUGUGGAUCGGAUCUCUCUAACAGAAAAGGCUAUUCAGCUAGCGCAUUGUCUCUUACUGAUCGCACCAGUAGUAUGCUGAGUGUGUACAGCGAUGCAGGGGAUUUUGGGAAUGUUGAAGUGCAGGGCUCUGUGGAGUUUGCAGUGAUGUACAGCCCUGUUGGAGAGCUGAUCAUUAUGAUUGAACAGUGUCAGGAUCUGGCUAUUGCUAAUCCUCGUAAACAACGCACUGACCCUUACGUGAAGACCUACCUCUAUCCAGACAAGUCUCGUCGUAGCAAAAGGAAAACUUCUAUUAAGAAACGGACUGUGAAUCCAGUUUAUGUGGAAUCCCUGAGAUACAAAGUGAAGCGCGAAGAGCUGCCGGAAAAGACUCUGAAUCUGUCCGUGUGGCACAAUGACUCCAGGGGCCGAAAUGUGUUCCUGGGGCAGGUUGAGAUCAGUCUUAAGACCUGGGACUGGGGACAUGAAGCCCUCAGCUGGUACAACCUACAGCCAAAGACUUCAGAAAAUCAAGAAUUGCAAGAGUCUAAUGGAUUGUUGUCAAUUUCACUAAAAUAUGUUCCUCCAGAGUCCACCGGUGGGUCGAAGAACAGCACUGGGGAGAUUCACGUCUGGCUGCGGGAGGCAAAAGAAUUACGUCGCCUGAAGCCUCAGGGAGUGGAUUCUUUUGUUAAGUGCUACAUUUUACCGGACACCAGAAAGAAAAGCCGCCAGAAGACUCGUGUUGUAAAAAAGAGCCAGGACCCUGUGUAUAACCAUGCCAUGGUGUAUGAUGGGUUCAAAACUGGGGAAGUCACUGAGGCCUGCUGCGAACUGACCGUUUGGGAUCACAACACACUCGCCAAUCAAUUUCUGGGAGGUCUGCGCCUCAGUCUUGGAACAGGCCAGAGCUAUGGCAAGAAAGUUGAUUGGAUGGAUUCGCUGAAUGAGGAAGUUCAAAUAUGGAAAAGAAUGUUAGCCAAUCCAAACAGCUGGGUUGAGGGAGAGCUUCCCCUGAGGUCCUCCAUGACCCCGAGGAAAUGAACCUCCUGAAGUUCAUUUGUGCUCUUGAAUGUUUAGUUGUGAGAAAAAAAACAAUUCUUGGUUCCCAAAACAAACCAAGCAUUUCCAAGUACCGAAUCAGUUUCUUCAUUUCAGUCUCGUUACAAAAUAUAAAAAGAGUAUAUUAAAUAAAUUUGAUGAGAAUUCAGUUUGGAAAUCAGCUAUAUGCCUAAUCUAUUAGAUAAUAUAUCUAUACGUAAAUUGAUAUAAGUAUUUUAAGAGAUGAGUUGUGAUUUGUUCCAGAAUAAAAAAAGAAAGUGAAACAAAA